AUGGCGUUAGUGCAUGCGCUCAGCAGCAGCAGCAGCAGCAGCAGCAGCAGCAGCAGCAGCAGCAGCAGCGGCAGCAGCAACAUGGAGAUGCCAGAGCUGCAGCCGGGCAUGCAGCGGCUGCUGCUGCGCUACUUGGCGAUGAGUGAUGAGCCUGCUGCUGCUUAUGCUUACCUCCUUCAGCCGCCGCAGCCGCAGCAGCAGCCGCUGCAGCAGCCGCUGCAGCAGCCACUGCAGCAGCAGCAGCAGCAGACACUGCAGCAGCAGCAGCAACAACAGAAUCUGCGUCUGCGCGCCCAGAAAGGGCAGCAGGAGGGAUACGCCCAGCAGUGCCAGCUGCAGCAGAAGCAGCAGCAGCAGCCACAGCAGCAGCAGCAAACGCUGCAGCAGCCACUGCAGCAGCAGCAACCACUGCAGCAGGUCUACUCUACGAGCCCUAUAUCCCUGCUGCAGUCAGACACAGCAGCACAAAUGCCUCAGGAAGCUUUGUCAGGGCAAAGACUGCUUCAGCAGCAGCCACUGCAGCAGCAGCUACUGCAGCAGCAGUCACUUCAGCAGCAGCCACUGCAGCAGCAGCCACUGCAGCAGCAACAGCCACAGCAGCAGCAGCCACUGCAGCAGCAGCCACUGCAGCAGCAUCCACUGCAGCAGCAGCCACUGCAGCAGCAGCCACUUCAGCAGCAGCCACUGCAGCAGCAGCCACUGCAGCAGCAGCCACUGCAGCAGCAGCCACUGCAGCAGCAGCCACUGCAGCAGCAGCCACUGCAGCAGUUACGGCAGCAGCAGCUACUACAGGGGCAAAUACAGCAGCCGCCACUGCAGCAGCAGCCACAGCAGCAGCAACAACUACAGCAGCAGCAGCAGCAGCAGCAGCAGCACCUUGAGCCUCAGCUCAUCCACUUUGCAGUGCGUCCCUCGCUGCAGCCGCGGGUAGCUGCGGGGCAGCAGCAGCUGCUGCCAGUGCUGCAGCAACCACUGCAACAGCAACAGCCGCAGCAGCAGCAGCAGCAGCAAGGCAGCACCCCUGGAGCAACUGAAGAUGAGCUGCAGAGCCUGCAGCAGCAGCUGCAGCAGCUGCAGCAGCAGCAGCGCACGCUCCAAGUUUACCUCAGCCAGCAGCAGCCCGUGGCCUUCUCAGCCGUCUCACAGAAGGAGCAACAGAAGCAGCAGCUGCAGCAGCAGCAGCAGCAGCAGCAGCAGCAGCAGCAUGCCAUUUACCAGCAACAGCAGCAAAUCGAGCUGUCAAGGGCGCCUGUAUCUCUGCUGCCACAGCAGCACCCACUGGGCCAGCUGCUGCUUCCUCCGCAGCAGCAGCAGCAGGUGCAGCAGCAGCCGCAGCAGCCGCUGCUGCAGCAUCGGCAGCAGCAGCAGCAACUAAUGCAGCAGCAGCAGCAGCAAGAGGCGCAGCGCGCACUGCGGCAGCAGCGGAUACUGCUGCUGCAGCUCGAGCAGCAGCGGCUGCAGGCGCACAACAGAGCAAUAAGUGCCCAGGCAGCAGCGCUGCUGCAGCAAGGCAGCUCGCAGCAGCAGCAGCAGCAGCAGCAGCAACUGCAGCAGCAACUGCAGCAGCAAGGGGCUCACCAGCAGCACGUGGUGGUGCUGCACCGGCCUGCAGCAGCAAAACAUGUGAAUGUGCUGCAGCCACAGGGGGGCGCAUGCAGCAGCACUUUGCUGCCGCAGCAGCCUCAGCAGCAGAAGCAGCAGCAGCUGCUGCUGCUUCCCGGCAGCGAAAGCAGCAGCAGCAGCUGCUACUUGGGCGGCCACACUUUUGCCCCUCCCACAGCAGCAGCAGCAACAGCUGCUGCAGCAGCAGUACAAGCACCACAGGCAGCAGCAACAGCAGCGGCAGCAGCAGCAGCACCAGCAGCAGCAGCGGCAACAGCAGCAGCAGCAGCAGAUGCGGAAGAGCUGCUGUUUUCUUCCCCCUCUUUAUUUACUGAGGAUUCGCCGAGGCAGCAGCAACUAUUUGACAGCAGCUGA